CAGGGCUGUGCCUGAUCCUUAGAGCUCCGCCAUUCUCCAGGAAGCUGUGUAUCCUCUUGAACUUCACACUUCCCCGCCCCGGUGAAGAUGCCCCUGGCGGUGGCUAACCUGACCCGCCAGCUGGAGGACUCCCUGACCCGGACUCUGGGCAGCUAUCUGGACCGCUGGAGGUACAAUGCCACGCAGGCCGAGCGCACGCUGAACAAGCGGCUCGCCGAGGAGAACUUCCAGGAUGUCAUAUGGUACCUGAUGGUGAUGAUCGGCAUGUUCGCCUUCAUCAUCGUGGCCAUCCUGGUCAGCACGGUCAAGUCGAAACGCCGCGAGCACUCCGACGACCCCUACCACCAGUACAUAGAGGAGGACUGGACAGCCAAGCUGAAGAUGCAGAACCUCGCUGAACGCAACGUCAUGUCAAACCCCACACGCAGGGACUAUGAUGUGCCCUACUCCCCCUGA